AGCGCUACCGAAAAUAUUGAAAAUAUAGAGAUUUUUCUAAAAUAUUAUUAUUUUAUCUACGUGACUUAUAUGCAUAAAUAUAUACUAGUAUCAUAAAACAACAUGAUAUCUAAAUUAACCAGAUAAAAUAAUCUCACAAUAAUAUAUAUUUUUCUAUUUUAUAGAGGAGGAAACAUAUUUGACGAUUACAGAUUUUCAAUUUGUCGGAUAUUCUGGCUUAGUUGAUGAUUUUUCGAGACUCAGUAGCGAAACAAAUCCGGAAUAUCAGUCAAGUUCACGGACGUCAGAGAUCGAUAAUGUAGUGCUGACAAUCCCUCGUAUUGAAUAUAACAAUACAGAUUUUAAUUCAUCUAUUGAACUUGACUUUUUAUUAAAGGUUCAAGGAUUAGAUUUCGUUGGAUCAACUGAUGGCUUGAAAGUUAAAGUUGUGUACGUUUUAGGGGUUGGGGAACACUCACUUAUCAUUAGACAUUGCACUGUGACAAUUAACAGAAAAUUGCAAGUAGAACGUUCACCACAGCUAAAUUUUACCCUUGAAUUUAUCGAGACUUACGUUGAAAACACUCAAACUGAUGUCGAGUACCAGCUACGAAUAUGGCAUACAGAAAAUAUUUCCUGGUCCUCUGCCUACGAUGUUUCAUUAUUUCUGUAUCUUCCUCCAUUUCUUCAUGGCGUCAACAUGCUAAAAACCAAAGAUGUUAUCAAAACAAACACUGUUGUGGAAAAUAUCUUACAUGAAAAUUGCAUAGAAAUGACGAUCCCAAGAGUUUCAUUUGCACAAAAUAUCCAGCUUCAGUUUAGUCUUACUUUAGACGUACCUAAUAAACAAUACAAAGCCGGCGAGGAAUUCUUGAUCAUUGCUGAAAUUAUAUAUACUGGAUGGAGGAACAAAAAUAUCAGUCAAUAUAUUGAAGGCUUCCCUGGGUAUCUCAAUAUAUCAAAAGGAAAAGAAUGGAAACGAUUGUGUGGAUGCAUUGACGGAAAAUAUACACAAUGCAGGUGCACCACAGAGAAUAAGUGUAAUGGAAUAAUUGACAACAUAACAUGUGUGGAUUGCAAUUACCCGUGGCUUUGUGUGAAAACUCUUCCUGGCUAUGGGAUGAGGUCUAUGCUAAAAGAUGACAAUGGGGAUUUAUUCAUAUGUGCUACUGCAAGACGAUAUACAAAACCAUCGGACAGAGUCCAUUGCUAUCACCGAAAAGGCAACGAUACAAUUGAAAGAAUUCAAUCAUCUGUCAGUAUAAUUCUUGGACGUGAUGAAGUCACUGGGUCCCUAUAUGGAAUAUCACAGAACGGUCUAGCUUACAUGACCAGUAUGGACGACGGUAUCAAGUGGUACAGCAUACAUCCAAAUCAGUAUGCGCGCGCAAAACAAUCAUUUAGAUUCAAAAUGGCAACGCUUUCAUAAUUUUUGUUUUAGACAUGCAUAUAAUUGUGCUUUUAUUUGAUUGAAGGAAAAAGA